AGGUGAGGCUGGUUAUUUUAUUUGCAAUUUUGCACAUUUUUUAGUAUUUACAGUUUGGUAGAUUUGUGUUUUUUUUAUUUAUAACGGGUUAUGGUUUAUGUUGGCACACUAAAUCUGGGUUUCCAUUCUUUUGUCCAGCCAUGGUUCUGUGUUUGAUUUUUAUCAAAGAAACUAUCAUUUAUUUACAUUUUAUGUUUAUGCAUUUAGCGAAUCAUUUUAUUUAAAGUGAUUUACAAAAGAGGAAGCAAACAAUAUUCAGUUAUUAGAAAACUAUAUUAGAAAGCAAGUUAGAGAAGUGAAGAAAUGCAUGUUAUUUUUAUAUGUGUGGUUCUGUUCAUAAUUAAAGUGUCUUAACCAGUGAUAAAUCACUAUACUGAUAACCUUGUCCACUUGGUCAACUACCAUUGCUUCCUUUUGUCUCCUAAUCUAUCGACAUUCUUAUGAACUGCAAAAUGAAAUGUAAAGUAGCGUCUAAAAUGAAAGUUUGUUCAGCAAUUUUCUGUGGAUCUCAUUUGCAGUCUUUAACACCUUUAUUAUAUUUUAUUUUAUUUUAGCAUACUGACCAUUGUCCAUCUUGCUCUUUAGGGUGCAUUGAGAAAAAAAAAACAUAUCAGAUGACUAUUAGACUUAUAGGGAUGUUUCAACCAAAAAUUACAAUUCUGUCGUCAUUUAUAUGUGAUUCUAAACCUCUGUGACUUUCUUCUGUGGGACAUAAAAGAAUAUAUUUAGCAAAAUAUUUCAGAGUUGUUUCUCAUACAAUGUAUAAAUUCCAUACAAAAUAUGUUCUUUUACAGAAGAAAAAGGCAUAGGCUAGAAGCAACAUGAGGGUGAUUAUUUGAUGAUGGAUUUUGUUUAUUUUUGUUCAAACUAUCUCUUUAAGGUUCGUGCUCCAUUCACUUACAUUCACACAUACACAGGAUAUGCGAAGUAAAUGCAAAGAUGUUUUACGCUAGUGAGUGACUAAGCAUGUCUAAACUAAACUUGUGUAUAUUUUUUAUAUUUGUGUCUUGGGUCAUCUUAUUUUCUAAGCUACAUUUCACAUUAGCAUGAAGUCUAUGUGGUAUAGCAGAAAUCCCACAUUCACACCACAGCUUCCUCAACUAUUAAUAACUUAAACAGAUAAAAAAAAAAGUUUUAUGUAUUAUAUGUGCUACGAGAAGAAAAACUACUCGCUUAAGGCUAUUUCUGUAUUUUUUGCAUGUGUUUGUUGCUUCAUUGGGGUGAAUUACUUAUAAUUUCAGUCUACCUUUUUAUUAAUCUAGCUUUUGCCUGUGAAAAUGACGUGGAAGUGAUGGUGUCGAAAAUGGUUGGGUGUUGAAAACAAGUGACAGCUGUUGCAGCAAAUUCUCAGAAGUAGGCUGACUGUUAAAAAUGUUCGAUGGCGGCAUCAGCUGCGCAGUCAUUCGAAUCGAACCUCUUCACGAGCGCUGGGACCUCGUGGAGGUGUGUGCGGAAUUACUCAAUGCCCAAUGGCAGCGCAGCAUGGGGGCACGAAUCCACUCGCUCCGUCAGUCGAGCCACAGUUAUCCGGUGUGUCUCUUGUUGCUGAGUGGAGAGAGGCAGAGUCAGGACGAGAAGCUAAUAGGCCACGCCCGCUUGUCCCGUGUUUUGGGGAGCCGUAGUCUGUUUGUGGAAUCAGUCGUGGUGUGUAGCACAUUACGAGGGAAGGGUUACGGCCGUAUCCUAAUGGAGGGGGUUGAACGGUAUGCCAAAGGACGGGGCUGCACCCGAUUGUGCCUAACCACCCAUGAUAAACAACACUUUUACGCCCAUCUGGGGUUUGUGCUGUCCAAACCUGUCCAAAGUGUCGGGACGCUGGCCUCCUUCAUGCCCAUGGAGUUGCUGCACAAGUUCUGUAGAAGCGCAGAGAAAGAGGAAGAAGGGAGGAAGAGUGAUUCUAAGUUUAACAAUCCUGCAUCAUCUCCACCUUCCAUUUUACCUCCUCCUCCCCCUAUUUCUGCUCCUCCGUCAUCCUUGGCUCCAGUUAAUCAGACUCUGGAGCAAACACCGUACACCGACAACAGAGGGCUGCCUAUCUUCUGGAUGCACAAGGACAUCUGAGAUUCACGCUACACUCCUUCUGUCUGUAAUUAUUCAGGGAUACACAAAUACAGUGUUUACGGGACAAGAAGAAUCUUGUAAACCUGUACUGUAUUGACUCGAAUACUGUGACAAUCUGAAUGUGCUUCAAUACCAAAGUUUACUUCGCAUUUUAGCUACUAUUUACAUUUUUUUUUAAAUCAUUGAAAGGUAAAUCUUUGUCACACCCCAAUAAAGUAAAUGUCGCGGCUGAGAUUAUCCACUGCUUUUAGAGGGUUUUCAUCAAAUUAAAAACCUUUUGAUCAUU